GAUAAUGAAUGGGAUUCUGCUGGUUUUGCUCGCCUUUUUUUGUUGGGAAAUGCUCGGAUCUGAGGCACAAAGUUUGCCGCGGAGUGAAUUUCUUGGAAGGCCCAAAAUCUAUCUGGAUAAUUCCUAAAGACUUUGUUAAUCUAACUCACCUUAAUGUACUGCUUGACAGGGAUUUUUCACGCAAUUAUCUAAAUGGUUCUAUUCCUGAAGUUUUGUCUCGCCUGCCUUUGGUCCAGUUGGAUAUAUCUAACAACAACUUCACAGGUGCUACUCAGUCAACCAUUUGUCCAUCCUCAGACCCGAACAUGCUUGCAAGCUACUCUUCUGUACAGGACAAAUUAAUCCGGCCAUGCCUAUGAAAAGGUUUCCCUUGUCCUGUAGAACCAAAAAAUUACAAGCUGUUUAUAAAUUGUGGAGGCAGAAAAAUAGCUAUUGAUGGGGAGGAAUAUGAAGAAGACUUGGUAGGAAAAGGAACUAGUAUGUUUGAUGACAGGGAGAAGUGGGCUGUUAGCAGCACAGGGACCUUCAUGGACAAUGAUGGUACUCUUCGUGAUAUUUAAGUACCCAGGAGUAUGUCCAAUCUUUUAGCCCAGUAAAACACUGAGUUGUACCGUACGGCACGUGCUUCUGCCAUUUCCCUUUCAUAUUAUGGGCUUUGCCUCCAGAAUGGUAGCUACACUGUUGACCUCCAUUUUGCUGAAAUACAAUUCACUGAUGACCACACUUUUAGCAGCCUUGGGAAACACAUAUUUGAUGUGUAUAUUCAGGGCAAGAAAGUACUGACUGAUUUCAACAUAAGGACGGAAGCAAAAGGUACAGGUAUUGGUAUCAACAGAACCUUCACCACUGAUAUUACAGAUCACACUCUGGAGAUCCACUUCUAUUGGGCUGGAAAAGGGACCACAAGCAUCCCUUGGAGAAGUUUCUAUGGCCCCCUCGUGUCAGCCAUUAGAGUGACACCUAAUUUUAUCCCAGAGAUUGAUGGUGAUGACAAGUUUUCCACUGGAGCUAUUGUUGGGAUUGUGGUUUGUUCUUGCUUUGUGGUCUUCUUAAUUUUGGCCCUCCUUUAUAUGAAAUGCUAUCUGGGAGGCAAUGAUAAAGAGAACAAAGAAUUAAGAAGCCUUGAGCUUCAAACAGGUUACUUUAGCUUAAAACAAAUCAAAGCUGCUACAAAGAACUUUGAUCCUGCAAAUAAGAUUGGUGAAGGUGGUUUUGGGCCGGUUUACAAGGGUGUCUUGCCAGAUGGAUCAGUCAUUGCAAUUAAACAACUUUCAUCUAAAUCGAAGCAAGGGAACCGUGAGUUUGUCAAUGAAAUUGGCAUGACUUCUGCCUUGCAGCACCCAAAUCUUGUAAAGCUAUAUGGUUGUGGUAUAGAAGGCAAUCAGUUAUUGCUAAUCUACGAAUACAUGGAAAACAGCUGUCUCUCACGUGCUCUCUUUGGUCAAGACGAGUCCCGGUUGAAUCUGGAUUGGCCUACAAGACUCAAGAUUUGCAAAGGAAUAGCAAGAGGCCUGGCUUAUCUUCAUGAAGAAUCAAGACUGAAAAUUGUUCACAGAGACAUCAAGGGCACCAAUUUUCUCAGAGACUGAAAAUUGUUCACAGAGACUGAAGAAUCAAGACCGAAAAUUUUUCAUAGAGAUAAGGAUUUAAAUGCCAAGAUAUCUGAUUUUGGUUUGGCAAAACUUGAUGAAGAGGAAAAUGCCCACAUCAGCACAAGAAUCGCUGGAACAAUAGGAUAUAUGGCUCCUGAAUAUGCAAUGCGAGGUUACCUAACAGACAAAGCAGACGUAUACAGCUUUGGUAUCGUGGCUCUUGAGAUAGUGAGCGGGAAGAGCAACACAAAUUACAGGCCAAAGGAGGACUGUGUUUAUCUUUUAGAUUGGAUAUCUAUUUGUAAAUUGCCGGCUUAUGUGCUACAAGAGAAGGGUAGCCUCCUAGAGCUAGUGGACCCAGAGUUGGGGUCAAACUAUUCCAAAGAUGAAGCUCUAAAGAUGCUAAAUGUGGGCUUCCUGUGUACAAACCCUUCUCCCACGCUCCGCCCUUCUAUGUCAGCCGUUGUGAGCAUGCUUGAAGGAAAUGCCAAUGUGCAGGCCCCACAACCAAGGUCUGGCUCUACAAGUGAGGAAUGGAGGUUCAAGGCUUUUAUAAGUAUUUCACAAGACAACCAGAGCCAGACUUUGUCCACAGAGGGCCCAACAAGUGGAUACUCUGGGCCAUGGAUUGCAUCUACUGUUCCUCUCUCUAGCAAGGAAGAAGUGAGCACAAAAAGCCACCUACCUCAUCUUAUAGAUAUUAGUGGAGAUUAGGUAUAUGUAGGGAAGUCUCUUGAAUGCUUUUGUCUUGCUAUCAUUAUUUUGUAAGAUAUGUUGUAAUUUGUUGUUUAGUAUUGUAAUGUUGGCUUUAGUCAGAAUGAUAAGAACUAGUGAAAAUGGUGCAGAUUGGGUGGGCUUUUCCCGCCUUGAUUUGCUGAUGCUUUAUCUUCCCCCAGUUUUGUGAUUUUAUUUGCCUUGUCGAUAUAUGUAUUAAAUUCUACUUA